CAUCCACCUACCUACCAAAACUCAGAACAAGAACACAAUUUAAGAAAACACACAGAACACACAGUGGUUCUGAAAUUUGGUCAGUCAGAGACGCCACACGCCCUUUUGCUGUCCGUUUGCAACUCCAAAUCGCCAACCUGACAAAGGGGUCAUUUUUCCUCUUUCUUGGAUUUUGCCCCUCUUCCUUCACCAACCUAUUUUGAUUUGUACGCUAGAGUACAACUCACAACAACAGGAGAAAAACAAACGCCUCCACUACACCAUUUUCCAUCACCAUCCCCAUUUUUUCUUGAUCUUUCAGUCGCUUAUUCAGAUUCCUCAACAAGCAAAGAAACUGCAUGCUCUGUUUGUUGAGUUCUCUAAUGUACUAGCUGAUGUUUUCAAAAAUUUAAUGCAGUGCCCACUUUUUCUCCGCCACCUUUCCUUGAAAUAAACUCUUGCCUCGAUUUCAUCGAACAGCCCUUUUGAUUCUUGAUUCAUUUUGUGCUGUUUUACCCUUAUAUAAAUAAUGGCUGCAACUGCAUUUCAUCAAGCAAUUGGGACUCUUCAAUCUCAUGGUUACUUUAGUAAUUCUGGCCUCAAUCAGGAGAAUGGAAUUGCUUCAUUUAGGUUGAUUUCGAAGGGAUUGAAGCUAGAUACUGCUAUGUUGAGGAGAGGAACUUAUUGCUCUAGAAAGAGAAGUUUCAGUGUAAUUGAAGCCUCGGCUUCGCAGACUACAGUCUUUGAACCAGUGUCAUCCCCAUCAAACGACUCGACAAGUGACUCAAAAAAGAAAUCAAAUGAAGCUGCUCUGAUUCUGAUUAGGCAUGGUGAAUCUAUGUGGAAUGAGAAGAACCUCUUCACGGGUUGUGUUGAUGUGCCACUUACCAGGAAGGGAGUGGAAGAGGCUAUUGAAGCCGGAAAAAGAAUCAGCAAUAUACCUGUAGACAUGAUAUAUACAUCUGCUUUGAUUCGUGCACAAAUGACUGCUAUGCUUGCCAUGACUGAACACCGUCGCAAGAAGGUUCCUAUUAUUUUGCAUAAUGAGAGUGAACAAGCAAGAACAUGGAGCCAAAUUUUCAGUGAAGAAACCAAGAAGCAGUGUAUUCCAGUUAUAACAGCUUGGCAACUAAAUGAAAGAAUGUAUGGAGAAUUACAGGGCCUUAAUAAGCAAGAAACGGCUGAUAGAUAUGGAAAAGAGCAAGUUCAUGUGUGGAGACGAAGUUAUGAUACACCUCCACCAAAUGGUGAGAGUUUGGAAAUGUGUGCGGAGAGAGCUGUUGCCUACUUCAAAGAAUAUAUCGAACCUCAGCUUUUGUCUGGGAAAAAUGUAAUGAUUGCCGCCCAUGGUAACUCACUCAGGUCCAUUAUUAUGUAUCUGGACAAGCUGACUUCUCAAGAGGUUAUCAGCUUGGAACUAUCUACUGGGAUACCAAUGCUUUACAUUUUCAAGGAGGGAAGCUUUAUUCGCAGAGGUAGUCCAGUGGCACCAAAUGAAGCAGGUGUUUAUGCGUACACUAAGAGGUUGGCUCAGUACCGGCAGAAGUUAGAUGAAAUGCUCCAAUCCUAAUGGAGCUGCAUGGAGCGGAGAUCUAUUGACCCAAAGCCGUUUUGUUUGCUUUCUCUUGCCAGCUUAAGUUGUAAGUGGUUUCUGAUAGAUUGUGGUAUGUGAACUCUUAUAGAAACUUGGAGAAAGAACUGUUCGAGGAAUGUUGUAUGAUCUAGUUUUGUACACCCUUUAUGUAAGAUUUAUCAUAUAUAUAGUUUUAUAUCUUAUUUAUCAAUGUGCCGUAUUGUAACGGUGUUCAUCGUGUAUUGUAACGGUGUUCAUCGUGCAUAUGUGAUAUCGAAUAAAUGAUUCAUUCCUUCGCUCAA